CUCAGUGCAGUGGAUAUUCACCUACUUUCCAAUAUCUGUCGCAACAAAGUGAUUAGUACUCAACUCCAGCUUGCCUGACCACUGAUCAGUGGGCUGGUAAAGUGAGAUAUUACACCGCGGAGGUAUUUCCCAACUGUCCAAGUCCAAGUGUCAAGAAGUGUCCUAGAGUUCUAGAAGCAUUUUCGUGCACGUAGCAGGAGGAGUGCUUUCCGGAAUUUAACUUUUAAUUCUCAUCAAAUCGUGGAAAAUCUGCAGAUAUGUCUCUGAAACAGAUCUUGGACAAAGCUGCCCGAGCUGGAAUCACUACUGGUCUUCGUAGACUCUCAAUUUCAGCGGAAGCAGAAGCAGCCGAAUCUCAUCAUGGAUUGGGCGGUGUCACUUUUGAAUUGAAUGAAAUGCAAAAGGAGAUGCAAGAACUUGCAAGGAAGUUCACACGGGAAGAAAUCAUUCCGGUAGCCGCCGAGCAUGAUAAAACUGGAAAAUUCCCUUGGGAAAUCGUAAAGAAAGCUCAUGAAGUGGGUUUAAUCAACGGACACAUUCCAGCACAUUGCGGUGGUAUGAAUUUGGGAACUUUUGAUGGAUGCCUUGUAGCAGAAGAACUGUCUUAUGGGUGCACAGGAAUCGGUACGGCGCUCGAAGCAACUGGUCUUGGAGUAAGUAAGCCCUCAUUUUUUACGACUGCACGCUUUUUAAAUUAACUGCAUAUUAUGCUU